UCCGCUCCUGCGCGCUGGGGCUCUGGCGGACCGCGCUGUCUGGACAUGAUGGCCGCUUCCCGCUUACCCCCAGCGACGCUAACGCUAAAGCAGUUCGUGAGAAGGCAACAAGUUCUCCUCCUCUACAGAAGGAUUUUGCAGGCAAUUCGGCAAGUUCCAAAUGAUUCUGAUCGCAAAUACCUGAAGGACUGGGCAAGGGAAGAAUUCAAAAGAAACAGAAGUGCCACCGAAGAGGAUACAAUCCGGAUGAUGAUUACUCAAGGCAAUAUGCAGCUCAAAGAGUUAGAAAAAACACUUGCUUUAGCCAGAUCGUAACUACAGCAUUAUUCUGAAAGGUUUUCAAAGUCUCCAUGUGUUUAGUUGAGCUUAGGCUCAACAGUGGGUAGCCCAAAGCCAAGUGAAACCAUCUGUACAUAGAGCCCUUGAGCAAAAUAUCAGAAACAUGGAGCAUGGCAUAUCAGAGAGAGCCAAGAAAAGGGCAUAAGAGCAAUGGUCUUAGCACUGAAAACAUACCUUUUAUUUUGAAAAUAUUCUUGGAUAUGUCAGCAGUUUUUGGAAGAAGCAAAAAUCAGUACAAUAGAUAACACAUAAAAAGAUGUUCAACACCAUUAAUCAUUAGGAAAAUGCAAAUCAAAACUACCAAGAGAUACUAUUUACAUCCACUAGAAUGGCUAUAAUUAAAAAGGGAGAUAGGGCUUCCCUGGUGGUGCAGUGGUUGAGAGUCCACCUGCCGAUGCAGGGAACACGGGUUCGUGCCCCGGUCCGGGAAGAUCCCACAUGCCACGGAGUGGCUGGGCCCGUGAGCCAUGGCCGCUGAGCCUGCGCGUCCAGAGCCUGUGCUCCGCAACGGGAGAGCCCACAACAGUGAAGAGGCCCGCACGCC